UGGACACGGGGAGGGUCGACUUUCAGAUGACAUUGACGCUAUGUAGAUGAGAGCGGGGGAUUUGUGCUCCGUGGAACAUCCCAGGCCGAAGUUAGACGGUGCUUCGAGGUGAAGCUGCUCCCGUUUCGCUGCGUUGUUUCCCGGCUCUGCUUGUCUCUCUCCUUCAGCACCACCGAGCUAACGGACAGCACCACUCACCUUUCCCCUCCGGAGCCUAGUUUGGUUCUGCUUCUCUUUAUCUUCAAAUGGAAAAUCUUUUCUUCGGUCUGCUCCGGGAGAAUCUGUAAGGACACAACUUUUAGAUGAACGUACGGAUACUAUACCAUCGCCCAAAAUUCUGUCUGGUAUAGAAGUUUGAUUGUGCGGUUUCCCAACUGGCUCGGUGUUCCCGCUUCUUCUCCUGAUUUCCUGCCCAUCUAACCGUCCCUUGGCUGGGUAACGAACCGCGAAGCUGCUGUCUACGUGGACCGGUGGGGUUAAAAUCUUCCGUCCGCCUUCCAGUCUUGUCAGGAAAUCAAAAUCUAAACAGAGAGACAGAGACAUGGCGACGAAUGGUACUAAAGGCUCCGAUGGACACGUUCUAACGGAGGUGAAUGCCGAGCCUAACGACAAACCCAAAACUUUGGUCGUCAAAGUCCAGAAAAAGGAACUUCCCGAAAGAGAGAACUGGACUGGAAAAUUUGACUUUCUCCUGUCUUGCGUCGGGUACGCAAUUGGACUGGGAAAUGUCUGGAGAUUCCCUUAUCUAUGUGGGAAGAAUGGAGGAGGGGCCUUCUUGAUUCCCUACUUUUUGACGCUCAUAUUUGCUGGUAUGCCCCUGUUUCUGCUUGAAACGUCCCUCGGUCAGUACACAUCGAUUGGAGGGCUUGGGGUGUGGAAACUGGCUCCCAUGUUUAAAGGUGUUGGUCUGGCCGCUGCAGUGCUGUCUUUCUGGCUAAAUAUUUAUUACAUCGUCAUCAUUGCCUGGGCCAUAUACUAUUUGUGGUCCUCCUUUACUACCGAGUUGCCAUGGCAAUCAUGUGGUAAUUCUUGGAACACAGAGCGAUGUUACACCAACUACAGCAUCCUGAACGCUGCCAACCUCACCAGCGCUGUUCAGGAAUUCUGGGAGCGUAACAUGCACCAGUUAACAGACGGUCUGGAGAAGCCUGGGGAGAUCAGAGCGCCUCUAGCCAUCACGCUGGCCAUCGCCUGGGUCCUUGUCUAUUUCUGUAUCUGGAAAGGUGUCGCCUGGACUGGGAAGGUGGUGUACUUCUCAGCGACGUACCCCUACUUUAUGCUCUUCAUCCUCUUCUGCCGCGGCAUCACUCUGCCCGGAGCCAUCGAUGGAAUCCUCUUCUACAUCACGCCCAACUUCGAGAAGCUCAAGGAAUCAGAGGUGUGGUUGGAUGCUGCCACUCAGAUCUUCUUCUCCUAUGGGCUGGGGCUGGGAUCACUGAUUGCUCUGGGAAGCUACAACCCAUUCAAUAACAAUGUUUACAGAGAUUCUGUCAUUGUGUGCUGCAUCAACUCGUUCACCAGCAUGUUCGCUGGCUUAGUCAUCUUCUCCAUUGUGGGCUUCAUGGCCAACGUGACUAAGAGGCCUAUAAUAGAAGUAGCAGCCUCAGGUCCUGGCUUGGCGUUCUUGGCCUACCCUGAGGCAGUAACCCAGCUGCCGAUCUCUCCUCUCUGGGCGAUCCUCUUCUUCUCCAUGUUGCUGAUGCUUGGAAUCGACAGUCAGUUCUGUACUGUGGAGGGCUUCAUUACUGCGUUGGUGGAUGAGUUCCCCAGAGCUCUGAGAGGAAGAAGAGAACUCUUCAUCGCUGCCGUCUGCCUGGUCUCUUAUAUCAUCGGCCUGUCCAACAUCACACAGGGUGGGCUGUAUGUGUUCAAGCUGUUUGACUACUAUUCUGCCAGCGGAAUGUGCCUGCUCUUCCUGGUCUUCUUCGAGUGCGUCUCCAUAUCCUGGUUCUACGGUGCCGAUAAGUUCCUUGCCAACAUUGAGGAGAUGAUUGGCCACAAGCCCUGCCUGUGGUGGAAGCUCUGUUGGGUCGUGUUCACUCCUCUUAUUGUGGCUGGAGUGUUCCUGUUCAGUGCUGUCCAGAUGGUUCCUCUCACCAUGAACAACUACGUGUUCCCGGCCUGGGGACAGGGAGUAGGUUGGUGCAUGGCGUUGUCCUCCAUGCUCCUGAUACCUGGAUACAUGAUCUAUAUGUUCCUCAACCUCAAGGGGGAUUACAAAGAGCGUCUGCGGAUAAUGAUCCAGCCCCCGAUGAUGGUGAAAGGAGAACGCCAGGAGAACGGCCCUGAGCAGACUGCAGCAGAAGCAGAGAACCUGGCCACUGAAGAGGCUUACAUCUAAACCUCGUUACUACAUCCUAAACCCUCGAGGCAAACUCUCUGCAGAAAACAACGUAAUCAAGGUGAAACGCAACCAAGGGAUUCGUCUCAAAUGGCACACAAUUACCUAUGUAGUUACACUACUUUUGACCAGGGCCAAUAUAGAGAGUGUUUCAUAUAGGUACUAUUCCUUCUGGGCCCUGGUCAAAUGGAACCCUAUUCCCUCUGGGCCCUGGUCAAAUGGAACCCUAUUCCCUCUGGGCCCUGGUCAAAUGGAACCCUAUUCCCUCUGGGCCCUGGUCAAAUGGAACCCUAUUCCCUCUGGGCCCUGGUCAAAUGGAACCCUAUUCCCUCUGGGCCCUGGUCAAAUGGAACCCUAUUCCCUCUGGGCCCUGGUCAAAUGGUACCCUAUUCCCUCUGGGCCCUGGUCAAAUGGAACCCUAUUCCCUCUGGGCCCUGGUAAAAUGGAACCCUAUUCCCUCUAGGCCCUGGUCAAAUGGAACCCUUUUCCCUCUAGGCCCUGGUCAAAUGGAACCCUAUUCCCUCUGGGCCCUGGUAAAAUGGAACCCUAUUCCCUCUAGGCCCUGGUCAAAUGGUACCCUAUUCCCUCUGGGCCCUGGUCAAAUGGUACCCUAUUCCCUCUGGGCCCUGGUCAAAUGGAACCCUAUUCCCUCUGGGCCCUGGUCAAAUGGAACCCUAUUCCCUCUGGGCCCUGGUCAAAUGGUACCCUAUUCCCUCUGGGCCCUGGUCAAAUGGUACCCUAUUCCCUCUGGGCCCUGGUCAAAUGGAACCCUAUUCCCUCUGGGUCCUGGUCAAAUGGAACCCUAUUCCCUCUAGGCCCUGGUCAAAUGGAACCCUUUUCCCUCUAGGCCCUGGUCAAAUGGAACCCUAUUCCCUCUGGGCCCUGGUCAAAUGGUACCCUAUUCCCUAUGGGCCCUGGUCAAAAGUAGUGCACUACAUAGAGAAUAGCAUACAUAGGGAAAAGUGUUCUAUUUGAGAUGCAAAAAAAAAAAUGACUUCGAUGUCUAUCUAAUCACCUACCUCCAGGGGAAACAUAUGACCAACCUGAUUACUAUUUUAUUUUUCUUCUUUUUUUAUUAAAAAAACGUUUUUCUUCUUUUUGUUGGUUUGUAAAAAAAAAAAAAGGAGUAAAACAGAAAGAAGAAAGGUAAAGUAGAUUAACUAGCCAGAUCAGAAUGAAGAAAGGUAAAGUAGAUUAACUAGCCAGAUCAGAAUGAAGAAAGGUAAAGUAGAUUAACUAGCCAGAUCAGAAUGAAGAAAGGUAAAGUAGAUUAACUAGCCAGAUCAGAAUGAAGAAAGGUAAAGUAGAUUAAGUAGCCAGAUCAGAAUGAAGAAAGGUAAAGUAGAUUAACUAGCCAGAUCAGAAUGAAGAAAGGUAAAGUAGAUUAACUAGCCAGAUCAGAAUGAAGAAAGGUAAAGUAGAUUAACUAGCCAGAUCAGAAUGAAGAAAGGUAAAGUAGAUUAACUAGCCAGAUCAGAAUGAAGAAAGGUAAAGUAGAUUAACUAGCCAGAUCAGAAUGAAGAAAGGUAAAGUAGAUUAACUAGCCAGAUCAGAAUGAAGAAAGGUAAAGUAGAUUAACUAGCCAGAUCAGAAUGAAGAAAGGUAAAGUAGAUUAACUAGCCAGAUCAGAAUGAAGAAAGGUAAAGUAGAUUAAGUA